AUGGCUUCCCUUACUGAUCAUCUCCCUGCAAUGUUUGGCAUUCUUGGAAACAUCAUCUCAUUCGGCGUGUUCUUGGCGCCGCUGCCAACUUUCUACAGGAUCUACCUAAAGAAAUCAACCCAAGGAUUCCAAUCUAUACCAUACUCGGUUGCAUUAUUCAGCUGCAUGUUGCUGUUGUAUUAUGGUUGUAUCAAGGCCGAAAAUGGCACGAUGAUCAUCACCAUAAACUCCGUUGGAUGUAUCAUUGAAACAGCAUACCUCGUGUUUUUUCUCAUCUACGCCACUAGAGAAUCAUUCAUAUCAACAACGAAGACGCUAGUGAUGUUUAACACAAUAUCCUUCGGGUUGAUUGUUUCUACAACACUUUUGGUGACCAAUGACGCGUCUAAACGGGUUGAAAUUGUUGGUUGGAUUUGUGCCAUCUUUUCGGUUUGUGUCUUUGCAGCUCCUCUUAGCAUUAUGAGGUUGGUUAUACGAACCAAGAGCGUCGAGUACAUGCCUUUCUCGUUGUCAGUCUUCCUUACGCUUUGCGCAAUUGUCUGGUUUAUCUAUGGUCUAUUGAUCAAAGAUUAUUACGUAGCCACACCAAAUGUGUUAGGGUUCUUGUUUGGAGUAGCACAGAUGAUCUUGUACAUGAUGUAUAAACCCAAGAAAGUGGUUCAACCAAAACCAGUGCCACUGCAAAUAGUGGUGGAUUUGGGGGCAAUAUUGGAAAGGCCGGAGACGUACUCGGUGGGGCCAGGGGUAGGACAAAAACCUAGAGACAAAGAUGAGGUGGAGAUAAGGGUAGAAGUGGAAAUGCAUGAGAAGCCAGGGGAUGAAGAUGAUGGUGGUGAGGAGAUAAAAGAGUGCAUGGGUAAAGUUUGUGUGGAUUUAGGUGGUGAAAUGACGAUUGUGCCCUCUAUUCCUGUUGCCUGAAGCGUUAUGGAGAUGUUGGAGUAAGGAUGGAGGAAGAAGGUUUCAUGUGUCCCGGGUGGGUCGGGUUGACCCGGAAACAUGAUGAAAGUUGAAUGGAUGUUGAAGUGUUUGUGUGGAUGUUUUUUUAUUUUGCUAUUAAUAAA